AGAUGUUAUCGCAGAGUAUAUAAAGGGGUACAUAAUGUCUACUAGUUACUAACCAGCUUGGAGUUCAGUGGAAGAGGUUUGUCAAGCUAAGGGUGCAAAAUGAAGUGGGCUGUCGUCCUGUUGGCCAUCUUUGGACUUUCAGAAUGCUUGCACAAGAUUCCCUUGUACAAGGGCAAAUCAGCCAGGGAGGCUCUCAAAGAAAAAGGCCUUCUGGAAAAGUUCAUGAAGAAUCAUCCCUACAACCCAUCCAUCAAAUUCAACUCUGCUUUGGCCCAGAUUGCUAACGAACCUCUCACCAAUGACUAUGAUCUCUCCUACUAUGGGAUCAUCUCCAUUGGGACUCCACCCCAGUCUUUUAAGGUCAUCUUUGACACUGGCUCCUCAAACCUCUGGGUUCCUUCUGUCUACUGUAACAGCUAUGCCUGCACUAACCACAAUAAAUUUAACCCCGCUCAAUCAUCCACCUACCGGGCCACCUCCCAGACCAUCUCUGUUCAGUAUGGCACUGGUGCAAUGACUGGAAUCCUUGGAUAUGACACAGUCACCGUGGGCAGCCUUGUGGACACCAACCAAAUCUUUGGACUUAGUGAGAAUGAACCUGGAAGCUUCCUCUACUAUGUGGAAUUUGAUGGAAUCCUUGGACUUGCCUACCCCUCAAUCUCUUCUUCUAGCGCAACCCCAGUAUUUGAUAACAUGAUGAGCGAGGGGCUUGUAGCUCAGGACCUUUUUUCUUUCUAUUUGAGCAGGAACAGCCAGGCAGGCAGUGUGGUGACCUUUGGUGGAUUUGAUUCUGCCUACUACACUGGCAGCAUCCAGUGGAUUCCUUUGAGUUCAGAGACCUACUGGCAAAUCACUGUGCAGAAUGUAAUGGUCAAUGGACAGGUAGUUGCUUGUGCGUCUGGCUGUCAGGCCAUUGUGGAUACUGGCACGUCAAUGCUUGUUGGAGAUUCUAGCAAUAUUAACAACAUUCUGUCUUGGGUUGGAAUCUCCAAGGACCAGAAUGGACAGUACUCUGUGAACUGCAACAACAUUGGCUCAAUGCCUGAUGUCACCUUCGUCAUCAAUGGAGCUCAAUUUGCCCUCCCUGCUUCUGCUUAUGUAAUGCAGACCAGCUCUGGUUGCUCAUCUGGCUUCAGUCCCAGCAGUGACCAGCUCUGGAUCCUGGGUGAUGUCUUUAUCCGGGAAUGGUACUCCAUCUUCGAUAGAGGCAACAACAUGGUUGGUCUGGCCAAGGCUGUUUAAGCCAAUCACCUUAAAAAAAUUUGAUGUCAAAAAUAUAUCAUCAUGAAUGGUUUCCCAAAUUAAAAAAAGGAGUUUAUCCUUGGAUAAUUGUGCCUGAAAUUCAAGAAACUACAUGUUAAACUUACCUGUAACAGUGUUAACAUUGCUUUCUUAAUGAUUUCAAUCUUUGCGUAAAUAGUUCCUCCAAGUUUUAUUUAAUGAGUAUCUAUAUGUUAAACACUAAAAGAGUUUGUGGAUUCUGAGAACAACAGAUAUGAGAAUGGAAAAGAGAAGCUUGUGUGGUUAAGACUGGUUGGUAAAGAUAUACAACUGAAAGAAAUCACUACAUCAAAAUGUAUAUAUCAUGAACAAGACAAAAGACAAUGUUCAAGAUGAUCAUUGAACAAUUUAUGUAUCUGUAAAAAAAAAAUGAAUAAAGCAUUUAAAAAGAA